UCCGGCCUCCCGCCCAGCCGCGCAGACCGCAAAACCCACGCCCGAGAGAGUCGCUCAGUCAGGCAGAGCCUUCCAGCCUCCAGACGUCGGUCUUGUCCGCUACCCGGCAGAAUUCGAGCUUAGACCACGAAGCCUCCUCGCACCUCCAGAGGCGAGAUUUGGACUUCAAACCCGCGAGGGUGUCCUCAUGACUUCUCUUGUGGACCAUGUCCAUGAUCUUUUUUGCCAGUGUGGUACGGGUGAGGGAUGGACUGCCCCUCUCAGCCUCUACUGACUUUUACCACACCCAAGAUUUUCUGGAAUGCAGGAGACGUCUCAAGACUUUAGCCUUGCAACUGGCCCAGUAUCCAGGUCGAGGCUCUGCAGAAAGCUGUGACUUUUGUAUACAUUUUUCUUCUUCUGGGGACCUGGCCUGCAUGGCUAUCUGCUCCCGCCAGUAUCCAGCAGCCAUGGCCUUCUGCUUCCUGGAGACCCUGUGGUGGGAAUUCACAGCUUCCUAUGACACCACCUGCAUUGGCCUCGCCUCCAGGCCGUAUGCUUUUCUCGAGUUUGACAGCAUCAUUCAGAAAAUGAAGUGGCAUUUUAACUAUGUAAGUUCCUCUCAGAUAAAGAGCAGUUUGGAGAAAAUUCAGGAGGAGCUAGAGUUCCAGCCUCCAAUGGUUCUUACUUUGGAGGACACAGAUGUGGCAAAUGGGAUGAUGAACGGUCACAUACCAAAGCACUCGGAGCCUGCUCCUAAUUUCCGAAUGGAGCCAGUGACGGCCCUGGGGAUUCUCUCCCUCGUCCUCAACAUCAUGUGCGCUGCUCUGAACCUCAUUCGUGGUGUUCAUCUCGCAGAACAUUCUUUACAGGUUGCCCGUGAGGAAAUUGGAAACAUUCUGGCUUUUCUUAUUCCUUUCGUAGCCUGUAUUUUCCAGUGUUAUUUGUACCUGUUCUACAGUCCAGCCAGGACUAUGAAGGUAGUGCUGAUGCUGCUCUUUAUUUGCCUGGGUAAUGUGUACCUGCAUGGGCUGAGGAACCUCUGGCAGAUCCUUUUCCACAUAGGAGUGGCUUUUCUGUCUUCAUACCAGAUACUGACAAGACAGCUUCAGGAAAAGCAGUCUGACUGUGGAGUGUGAGGACACCAUGGAUCCUUUGAUUUUCUUUGGAGAGUCAAUCUGUGUUUCCCUUCUUGCUUCUCCAAGUUCACCUCAAGUUUCCAUGCUUAACGUUCCUUUCAACUAAACUGGAUUGAAAAACCGAGAUUGAGGAUUUCUAACAGGUGCUGUGGAAAUCAUGAGGUCACUCAAUACCCACCUGGUCUUGGUUGUGUGCUGAGCAUCAUUGCAGAACCUCUAGUUGAGCAUGUUUACUUAGGACAGCAGAAUCCUAGGGCUUACUUAGAAGGAGAAUUAUUGGAAGAUCAGAAUGGAAACAUUUUGGUCUUUUAAAUUAAAUGAUACAAUAAACUACCAAAUUCAGUAAUACUAGUUUUAGUAAUUGGCAGUUGUCUCCAAGCAACUACUUUAAAACGUAAAUAGUGUAAAUGUGACUUGGUUAGUUUUUUACAGAGGGUCAGUACAGGGUGAAUUAAAAACUUAAACAUAUAGUUCAUGGAUAUAAGCUAGGUAAAUUUUGUUUACAUUUUUGAUAACUUAGGUUUGAUAUAUCAUUGAAAUAUUUAAAUAUAUUUUGGAUAUAAACUGAACUUCAUUUAGGGUGAAGACAAAAGUAAGCCAAGAAAAUGGUUAAGAAAUCUGAGGUCACUUAAUUUAUAGAUAACCUUUUAUGGUGGUGGGACUGUGGGUACAGAAAUGUUGUAUAUUUAUUUGCAGGGUAUAUCAGAAUAUUUUUAUCAGAAAAUUAAUUGACUAAUCAAUACUGUUGGAUCAUAAGCUUAUAAGCAUGAGCAGACCUGAGAAUUUCUGGAUGCCUGACAAUUGACCACAAAGUGGAGUAGGCAGAUGGUGUGGAUUCACAUACUUCCCAGCCCCAGUUGGCAGAAACUCCUGGCAUCAGCCUUUGAAAUAGCAGCUGAAUGCCUGUCAUUUUAAUGGUGAUGACUAUGUGAUCCAGUGUGCCUCUUCCCAAAGGCCCCCAAGUUAAUUACUUCUCUACAUCUUUCCUGAUAAUCUUACUUAGAUCAAGAACCUCAUUUUUUUUAUUAAUAGUAAUGUUAACUUUUUAAAACUUUAUUAAGCUAUAACUGAUACAUGGUCUGGAAAGUUUAUUUCAUUGUCAAAAAAUUGAUUGGUCAUCAUUUUCCUACGUAUAGCUCAGAAUGAGAUCCAUCCUUCAAGUCUCCAGAAAUUUCAGCCUGGGUUGUCAGGCUCAAAUGGCCCAGGAGGUUAUUUGGGAGUUUGCUCUUUGGUUGUUUUGGUAGAAGUCUGGAAUCUGAAUAACUCAACCACAAUUGCAUGGAAUACUUUGGGUUGAAUUAUGUAACUUGAUAAGCUAAAAUUCUAUUUUGAUAGUUUUUAAAGUAGAAAACCAUUGUGAGAGUGAUUGAGUUGGUGGGGAAACAAGAAUGUAGUUUUAGAGAAUUAAGAUUUGGUUAUUAUUGGUAUUGUUAUUGAGCUACCUUGGUAUCAUUUUAAGAAACACAAGUUUAUAUGACGCUGAACUGGAUUGGGAAAAUGUUGCCAUAGAAACUUUAUUUUCUUAUAAUAGAAUUUUCUAUUUUUAACCAACUACAAAAUAUCUGGAUAUGAAAAGUAUAUGGGCAGCAUCCUCAGACAUAAACUUCAAGGUUAUAUCUCCAUUGACUUUGCAUCUUCAAAAUUUCUACAUACCUGACAGAUAAGUUUUCAGUUUUCCUGGGAGAUAAUUUUAAAGAGGCAGUUAAGAUAGAAUGGCAAGUCCAGAGGAGAGAAGAAUCCUUUUAAAUUAAAGCACACGCACAAAAAAAGCUUUAAAAUUUGAUGAGAAACAGCUUUAAAAUAUAUUGUUUUUGAGCCAGUUUUAUGUUGGUGUUGCUGUGUAGCCUGCACCCCAUGUGUUUUGGGUCUGAGACUGUGAUGCCCAUUUAUUAAGCAAUAAAGAAGCAGUCCCUGAAGAUGAACCCUUGUUGGUGAAGCUCUGCGCCCACCCACCUGUACAACAGUUGAGAUAUUAUCUAUACUUGAUUGAAUGUGGUUUUAAUCAGGUAACAUCUAGACGGGGUUUGAGAUUUAUUUUUUCAGACAUAAGGAAAAAGGUGUACUAGAAGAACAGUGUAAAUAAUGACCACAAGAACAUUGUUUAACUGAAAUCCCGCUAAAAGAUACCUCAACCUGCUGGAGGGAGAGACUAGUGACAGGAAAGAAGUCUGGUGAUUUCCUCCAAGGGAAAUCCCAGGAUUGGGGUUGACUUAGCUCAGACUUGGAGAUUUGUAGCCCUUUGUGUGAUGCUGAUGACAGAAAGCUGGUACCAUGUCCCAGGAGUUUUCUUUAGUCCACCACGGACCCACUGCUGUUCUGGCACCUUCACUGUCCCUGUAUUUGAUGCUACUCGCCUAACCAUCUCAUGGGGCCAGAUCUAGGGACAAAGGAAGCAGUACUGAAAACAAAACCUUAAUGGUGUCUUCUGAGAUCAGAUGCUGUGAGAGCUUGAGCUUCAGAGAGUGUUAUAUCUCUCUAUAGCACCAGGGCAAGAGUGUGGCUCAGUGCUCUUAGGCAGGAUACAGAAGAUUCUGUUUUACUCUUCCUGCGGUUGGCCUUAUUGUGCUGGUGGAGACAACUGGGGCCCAUUUGGGGUGGCAUUCCCUCUCAGUGCUAGCAGUGUGACCAUAGACACCUGAUUUUGCCUCUUAGGAGUGCACCCAUUAUCUGUGAAUUCUGUUGACAUGCCCUGGGGAACAUAGCCCAACAUUUUCAAGUUCCUUAAGGGAUGGGGGAAAGGGUUUCUGGAGGAGUGCCCAAAUAAAAGCAGUUAGUCAUUUCAGUAGGCCUUACCCCUUAGCUUCUCUAUUCUUUCUUAGGUGCUCUGAUUCUCCAACUCCGCUGCCUUUUUCCAUCUCUGUCUACUACACUCCAGACCUAGGGAUAGAGGUAGAACCAGAGUCUCUAAAUAAAUAGGAAAGCCACUGAAUUGUGAUUGAGAGGGUAGGCAGAGGGACUUCAUAAUGGGAACAGACUGCAUUGAAGCUAGCCCUCUUAGCCUGUCUGAGAGUCAGGCCUCAGGGAGGAUUAGUACUUUGGUGGUCAGCCCUGCUCAGAGUCAAAGAUGAUGGCUAACAGGCCACAAAUGGCUGGCUGUUUGGGACAGGGGAAUUAGGGAAGCUGAAUUGAGGGCUCUAUUGUCUGCUGGAAGAUAACAGCCACCCCUUGGCAUGCAGUGGGUGCAUGUUGCACCUUAUCAAGGGAUGCCAUUUGCUGCUCCUUAACUAGGAGUUGACUGCUAGUAACAUGCAGGAUAGUGGCUCUCAGAUAAUCUGCUAUAUGCACAGUCUAGCACAAGUGAGGAUAGGGAUGGGAGUGAUUACUGCAAUCAGAUGUGCCCAGCAAACCCUGCUCAUCCAUUGCUUAUAUUCCAGAAUCCCAGGCAGAAUUCUGCACAGGUAUGGGGAGCUCUGCCUGUGUACUCUGACUGCUAAUAAUAAUGGUAGAGGAAGAGUAUGUGGACAUGCCCUCAAGGGAUGAGGCAUUGGAAGGUGUACAUUGAUCCACUUACCAGAUGGCCUUGAGAUUGGCUUGGCUCUUCCACUCAGUCCUACAUCACAGUGGAAGUCCCUGCCUGUCUGGCCUCAGUUUUCUCUUCUGGGAAAUGAUGAAAACAUCAAUCUGCAAUCCUGUAUGCUGCUGUGAGAAUCAGCAGUGGUAGUGGAGGGUAAUACUGGGUGAUACAUUGUUCAUGUGCAGGAGGAGGAGGUCUUUGAGUCAACCUGGUCCUGUAGGCUCUGGGUGCAUUAGGCAGCUUGGCACAGCCGUGUCUUCUGACCUUUGCAAAAAGGCCUUUUAUGAGACUGCCGUGGAAAUGACCUCAUUCUUUCAUUCCAGAAAGAUCGUGACCUCUCUUCCCUUGGACCUCCUGCUUCCUAGGCACAGAGCUCCUGGUAGCAUUGGCAUUGGGUUUACUCCAGGAUCUAAGGAGGCCCAUUCUGUUGGUUGGACCAAACCUCAGUGUCUGUCACCAACUCAAAUUAGCAGACCUUUAAUUCUCCUAUCUGGGAACAGUGAUAUCAAACUUCUGUUGCUGGGGAAACCUCAUCAGCAGGGAACGUGUGGAAAGGGGCUUGUUGUUAAAAUCUGGGAAUGGUUGGAUAUGGAAACAUCUGCCCAUGUGUACUGAUGUCAGAGCUUUGUCUCACAAGCGCCUUUUAUUUUAGGGUAAAAUUAUCAAACCCAUUCUGUUCCUUUAACUUGUGUGUGGUACAUAUGACCUUUAGCCCUUACAUUUGUAUAAUUCUGGGAUUGCUUCAGAAGUAUUAGCUAAUGAAUUAUUAAUAUGACUUAACCCCCAGGAUUCAAUUUUAUUUAAUGGAAUUUUAUACUAAGAGCAUAAAAAAUUGAGGCUGAUCUAGCCAGGGGAAAACCAUUUAUCUUACAUACUCAUUUCCAGUAUUUGCUGUCCUUGUCACACAAGCUUCUUACUGUUUUCAUGUAACAGCAAAGAUCUAUUUUGAGUACAUCAUGGGUACAUUUUAACAAACUUUCACAUAGUGAUAAAACCUAAACUCUUGUCAGUGUACAUACAGAAUGUUGUAUAGUCAUUUAUAUACUGUGUAUAUAUAAAUUAAAUGAGGUGGCUUCAGAAGUGGGAGAAUAAAUCUAAGGUGUUUAUUAA